AUGCACAGCAAGGGCCGCAUUCGCAAGCCUGGGGUCCCCUCCAAGCAGGAGGGUGCCCAUGGGGGGGGAGGGCCCGAUGUUGGGGUGUAUGUACAGCCCAAAUUUGGACCUAAAAUUCCCCCAAAGACCGAUCAAACUCCAGAGUCUAAGGACGAAUUGACACCUUAUGCUUCUUCUUCUUCAGAUGGUGCACCAGUAACUCCUAAAAAAUCGCCCUGUCCAUCAUCUUCUGUAUCGGCAGUUUCGGGUGUACAGGCAGCUCCCUCUCCGAUUUCGGGUGUAUCUGCACCUCCCGGUGACGCAUGCGAGCCCGCUACUAACGAGUCUAGCAAGAAGAAGAAGGGUGUUAGUGUGAAAUUUAAGGAAGAUUCUUCUUUAUCUUUAAAUUCAUCGGAAGAUCCAUCAUAUGAUGCAAAGAAUACGUCGUGUUCUUCGCUUAGUAAGCCGACGGAGGCCGCGUAUACCCAAGGAAAGCGUGCAGAUACCUUGCAGGAUAAGUGGCGUCUUUUGCCUGCAUUUUUUGAAAGCCGCGGUUUAGUUUCGCAGCAUUUGGCGUCAUAUAAUUAUUUAAUUACUCACGAGCUUCGUGCGAUUGUUCGUGCUGCGGCGAAUCGCUUGAUUAAGUCGGAUGUCGAUCCUUCUUUUUUCCUUGAAUUCCUUGAUAUUCAAGUUGGGGAAGCGCGACUAGAAGAAAGCAUGCAACAGUUUAAGUUAACCCCUAUGGUCUGUAGAUUAAGGGAAAUAAGUUAUUCAGCUCCUCUUCUUGCGGAGCUAGAGUAUAGCAGAGGUAACGAAAUCGUACGCCGUCGCGGUGUAUGCAUUGGUUAUAUACCCGUCAUGGUAAAGAGUAAAGUCUGCGCUCUUUAUGGCAAGACCAAUGCAGAAAUUCAAAAGCUAGGUGAAUGUCCUCUUGACCCUGGUGGCUACUUUAUAGUCAAAGGCACGGAGAAGGUGUUGCUGAUGCAGGAGCAGCUUUCAAAGAAUCGAAUUAUCGUGGAGCUGGACAUGAAGAGAAACGUAUGUGCAACAGUAACAUCAGCAACAGCAGAAGCAAAGAGUAGAACAUCUGUUGUAUUAAAAGGAAGCCGUCUUUAUUUACGUCAUAAUUCUUUCUUAGAUGAUAUUCCUUUAUGUAUUGUAUUAAGGGCAAUGGGUGUAGAAACAGAUCAAGAGAUUAUGCAGAUGAUAGGUACAACUGCACCAGCAAAUACAACUGAUGAAGCAGCAGAGGAGGGGAACUUUGCAGCAGCAGCAGCAGCAGGAGCAGCGAUAUAUAGUGCUGAUGGAGCGCAAGAGUGUUUAUCUCUUUCUUUACAAGACUGCCACACAGAGGGUGUAUUAACACAGCAACAAGCAUUAUUAUGGUUAGGGAAUCGUUUAAGACCGCGCAUGCAAGCACGGGGCUUUUUAUCUCCUGUAAAGGAAAGGGGAUUAAAGGGAGGAAAAGGGGCAGUAGAUGAAGCUGUGGAUACACUGCAUCGUGUAGUACUAGCUCACUUAUACAGCAGCGGUAGUGAUUUACGUCUAAAGGCACAUUUUCUUUGUUUAAUGGCGUCACGUUGUUUGCAUGCAGCAAAUAAUCGCGAUUUAUUAGAUGAUAAAGAUUAUUAUGGUAAUAAAAGACUUGAAUUAGCAGGGCAGAUGUUAGGUCUUUUAUUUGAAGAUUUAUUUAAACGUUUUUGUGCACAAGCAAAGAAACAAGCAGAUUAUGCGCUUACUCGUUAUCAUCAAACGAGAACAGCAGCAAGCAGCAGCAGAGGAGGAGGAGGGAUCUCAAUGGCUUACCCUGAUUGCUGCAGAAAUCUACCUACCGAUAUAAUAACUAGAGGGCUACAAACAGCCCUUAGUACGGGUACUUGGUCAAUAAAAAGGUUUCGUAUGGAGAGAUCGGGUGUAUCACAAAUAUUAUCACGUCUUUCUUAUAUGGCAUCAUUAGGCAUGAUGAGUAGAUUAAGUUCGCAGUUUGAAAAAGGAAGAAAAGUAUCAGGACCGAGAUCCCUACAACCUUCCCAAUGGGGUGUUAUUUGUCCUUGUGACACACCUGAAGGAGAAAGCUGUGGCUUAGUUAAAAAUCUUGCAUUAUUAACACAUGUUACGACGGAUGAAGCCGAGAUGCCCGUUUCUCGUGCUUUGUUUGCUCUUGGUGUUGAGGAAAUGGGUUGUUUUAAUUCAUUAGGAGGAGGAGGAGGAGGAGGAUGUGCUUCUCCCUCACCAUUUAAUCAUAAUAGUAAUAAUAAUAAUGUUGUGUUUUUAGUCUUUUUAAAUGGUACUUUAUUAGGACUUCAUAGAAGGCCGCAGCAGCUACUUACUGCUGUUCGACUACUAAGAAGAAGAGGAUUCCUAGGGUCUUUUGUUUCUGUACACCUGAAUGCUGCGCAUAGAUCAAUAUAUGUAGCAACAGAUGGGGGGAGGUUAUCAAGACCUUUAAUAGUGGUAGAGAAGGGGAAGCCUCUGCUGAAGCAGGAGCAUCUGGAGCAGCUAAGUAGAGGGGAGAUAACAUUUGGUGAUUUAUUGCAUGCAAGUGUAUUAGAAUGGAUAGAUGUUAAUGAGGAAAAUGAUCUUUUAAUUGCUUUAACAGAAGAAAGAAUCGAUCCUUUAAGGACCACUCAUCUAGAGAUAGAACCAUUGGCUCUCCUCGGUGUUGUUGCUGGUCUUAUUGCCUUUCCUAAUCAUAAUCAAAGCCCAAGAAACACUUAUCAAUGUGCUAUGGGAAAACAAGCAAUGGGGGCCAUUGGUUUCAAUCAAUUUAAUCGGUGUGACACUCUUCUUUACCUUCUUGUUUACCCCCAACAACCCCUGUGCAAAUCACGCACACUCGAUCUCGUACACUUCGAUCAGCUACCCGCAGGGCAAAAUGCCAGUGUGGCGGUUAUGAGUUACAGCGGUUACGACAUUGAAGACGCAAUCGUAUUGAAUAGAGGGGCGGUAGAUCGAGGGUUUGGUCGUUGCUAUGCAAUAAAGAAGCAGAGUAUAGAGUUUAAACACUACUGCAACGGAUCAUCUGAUCGUGCGUUUCCUCCUCCUCCCUUAACGGGUGGUGGUGGUGUAGGUGGUGGUGCAGGAGGUGGAUCUGGUGGUGGAUCUGUAGGAGGUGGAAGUUGCGGUGUGUCUGGAGGUGCAUCUGGAGGGGACAGGAGGGGUUUACCAGGAGUACCUUCUUUUGGCAAUAGGAAACGCUAUGGUGCAUUAGAAGAAGAUGGAUUAGUGGGUGUUGGGUGUCGUGUUGAGGAAGAUAUGUUAUUAGCGAAUAAAUUUAGUCCUUCAAAUACGAAGACGCCUGUAUCUGAUCCACAAAGUCAGCCAUUAAGUGACUUUGUUCCUUCACCUGUCCGUUAUAAGACCCCUGUGGGGGCAUAUGUAGAAAGACUUUUGUUAACAGAGAAUGCAGAGGGGAAUAGAUUAGCAAAAGUUAUGUUACGGCAAACAAGAUUACCUGAAUUAGGAGAUAAAUUCUCUUCUCGUCAUGGGCAAAAAGGAGUUGUUGGCUUAAUUGCCCCUCCUGAGGAUAUGCCGUUUGCAGAAGAUGGAUGGCAGCCGGAUUUAAUUAUGAAUCCUCAUGGUUUUCCUUCUCGUAUGACAGUAGGGAAGUUAUUAGAGUUAAUAGCGAGUAAAGCAGCUAUUAUUAAGGGGGAAAUUCAAUAUGGAUCUGCCUUUGCACAAGUAAAGGCAGAAGACUUGGGGAAAAUACUCUUAAAGGCAGGCAUGCAUUACUCAGGAAAGCAGUAUUUAACUUGUGGUAUAACAGGCGUACCCCUUAAAGCAUAUGUCUUUGUGGGCCCCAUUUACUACCAAAAGCUUAAACAUAUGGUACAAGAUAAAAUACACGCAAGGGGUAGGGGCCCCCGUCAGCUGCUGACACGUCAGCCAACAGAGGGGAGAGCUCGAGAUGGUGGCCUCCGUCUCGGGGAGAUGGAGAGGGAUUGUCUUGUUGCUUACGGCGCAGCUUCUCUCUUACUAGAGAGACUUGUUAUAUCUAGUGAUGCCUUUUCUGCUUCUGUAUGCACACAAUGCGGUCUUAUUGGUUCUGCUGGCGGGUGCAGACUCUGCCGCAAUUCUUCUUCUACUGCCACCGUUCAAAUGCCUUAUGCAUGCAAGCUUCUCUUCCAGGAACUGAUGACCAUGAAUGUAUGCCCAAGGAUCUCCCUUAAACAAGCAUAA